GCCCGCGGGUCGGGGCACCGCGGCCCAUGACGCCGGGCGAGGGCGGCGGCGCCCGGUCGCCGCCCGGGUGCCGCGCCGGGAGAGUCCGAUGGAGGCGGCCGCGCCGCGGGGCCCGGCCGGGGUGAGCGCCGUGUCCUGGGCCCCGGUCCGGGCGGGCGCGGGCGCGGCGGACGGAGGGCGCGGGGACGCGGGGUCCUCGCCGUCCUGCAGGGCACAGGCUUGGCCUAGACCCGCGCCCGCAGUGGCCGGCCGCGGAGUGGCGCCCGGGGCCGGGGCGCUGGGCGGAGGCGUCCCGAACGGAGGCGCCGCGCGGGCGGGCGUGGAAAGCGGACCCGAGGCUGGUGGGUGGAGGAAGCGCGCGUCCGCCCGCCGCGCCAGGGAUGCAGCCCGCCCGAGGCCGCGCGGCGGGGCGGAGGUCGCACCGGGGCCAGCGGUCAGCGGAAGUUAGUGGCCAGGCCCUGGGCGGGGCGGGGAGACCGGGAAGCCCGUGCGGGAGGCGCGCAGCCGAGGUCACGGCCGUCCGCGGCGGCCCCUUCCCCAGGUGGCCACCGCUGCGCCAGACCUUGUGGAACCUGCGCAGUGUGACCUUUGAAGACGUGGCUGUGUACUUCUCCUGGGAGGAAUGGGAUCUUCUUGAUGAGGCUCAGAGACACCUGUACCUCGAUGUGAUGCUGGAGAACUUGGCACUCACGUCCUCACUGGGCGGUCUGCGUGGAGUAGAGCGUGAGGCGGUACCUUCUGAACCCAGCGUUUCUGUAGGAUUGCCAGGUGUCAUGACUCUCAGAGAAGACUUGUUGUCCCAGAACGCCUGCCCCUGUGAAAUGUGCGGCCUGGUGUUGAGCAACACGCUGCAGCUGGCGCAGCACCACAGAACACACCACAGGCAGAAGCCAGGCACACGUGGAAGGCAGUUCCACUUCACUGCAGAUCUUCUAGAGCAUCAGAGGCAGCACAUUAAAGAGGCGUCCUUUGGAGGUGACGUGGACAGAUCCUCAUUUAUAAAGAGCUGCAUGACCCAUGAGUCAGGGAAGCCUUUUACUUGCAAGGAGGUUGGGAAGGGCUUUCUGCCCAGCACGGGAUUUCCCCGUCACCAGGCCACUCGCACAGGGGAGAAGCCAAACACCAGUGACAGGUGUGGGGCGACCUUUCACGGUGGAAAACGUCACCACCCCUGGGGAGACUGCAAGAAAGCCGCUGGCCACACAGACGCACUCGUUCAGGACCAGAGGGGCCUCAGGAGGGAAGGACUUUUUGAGUGCAGUAAGUGUGGGAAAGCCUGCACACGCAGAUGUAACCUGGUCCAGCACCAGAAGGUCCACAGUGAAGACCGGCCCUUCCAGUGCAGUGCCUGCGGGAAGCUCUUCGCCUACUGCUCCAGCUUCACCAUCCACCAGCGCGUGCACACUGGAGAGCGGCCGUACGAGUGCGGGCAGUGCGGGAAGGCCUUCAGCCAGGUCUACAGCCUCAACAGCCACAGGAAGGUCCACACUGGAGAGCGGCCGCACGAGUGUGGGGAGUGUGGAAAGUUCUUCAGCCAAAGGUCCAACCUUAUUCAACACCAGCGCGUGCACACUGGAGAGCGGCCGUAUGAGUGCCGCGAGUGUGGCAAGGCCUUCAGCCAGAACUUCAGCCUCAUUUACCACCAGAGGGUCCACACUGGAGAGCGGCCGCACGAGUGCGGGGAGUGCGGGAAGGCCUUCAGCCGCAGCUCCAGCCUCAUCCACCACCGGAGACUUCACACUGGCGAGAGGCCCUAUGAGUGCAGGGAGUGUGGGAAAUCCUUUAAGCAAAGCUCCAGCUUCAGUUCACAUCGGAAAGUCCACACUGGGGAAAGGCCUUAUGUAUGCGAGGAAUGUGGGAAAUCCUUCAGCCAUAGCUCCAACCUUAAGAACCAUCAGAGGGUCCACACUGGAGAGAGGCCUAUUGAGUGCCGCGAAUGUGGGAAAUCCUUCAGCUGCAAGUCCAACCUCAUUAAACACCUGAGGGUUCACACUGGAGAGAGGCCUUACGAAUGCAGCGAGUGUGGGAAAGCCUUCAGCCAAAGUUCCAGCCUCAUUCAACACCAGAGGAUCCACACUGGAAAAAGGCCUUAUCAGUGCACUGAGUGUGGGAAAUCCUUUGGCUGCAAAUCUGUCCUCAUUCAACACCAGCGAGUUCACACUGGAGAAGGGUCUUAGCUGAAAAGGGAGUAUGCACUUUUCCUUUAGUGGAGUCACUGGGGAGACCACCUGUGAGCUACCUACCCAGCUUGAAGCCCAGCAUCUGAAGAUGCGUGGUGGGGAGCUUCCCGUAAGCUCAGGUACGUGGAAGCUCCGAGGAGCUGCGUUACACUUCCUUGGCUCCACAACUGUGCAGUUUAUGUCUCCGAAAGCCUCAGAAGCCAUGGCACCUCCACUUGCCAAGUCCAGCUGCACCAGUCACCAUGCCAGCAUGUUCAGGGAAGCUGAUUGUGCUCUCCCUUUGCUGGGGGUACAAGUGGUCAGCCCACAUUCCCUUCUCCCUGACAAGCUGGGGCAUGAACCUAACCCAUUUUGCACCAGGGAUCCUGAUAAGAGUGGACUCUUUGAGGAACACAUUUCUUGUGACACUAUCAGGUUUUUUUCCAGCCUCUAGGACACUAGCCUGGGAACUACCUGCCUCACUUGGUUUGGUUUGAGGAAUGUUAUUUGUUUUCUAAGCCACCUGUGAUCUUGGGAUUCUAUUCACAGUGUGAGAUGGCUUGAAAAUGAAAUUGGUCUCUGCCAGCAUUAAACAGCUAUGGUGUGGGGUGGGCAGGGGGUGGCAUACCCUCAAGCCUCAGAGUCAGGGUGUAAUGAAAGAGGACCACUCCCUUCCUAGCUUUGGCCUUAUAUGAAUUAUCACCCGGGCCCCCGAGGCAGAGCUCCAGGGUGUAUGGCUCUAACUCCUGGAGCAUGUGACACGGUUUUCCGUGGGCUUGGACACCCUGAGGCAGGAAGUCCCACCACUCCCAGUGCUUCUGGGAACAGCAUGAACGGUUGCACCACAGAGCAGUCUGCACUCUAGGUGCAGCACAGGAGUCGAAGACCUGGUCCCCACCGUUCUGUAGGCUCGUGCUGCUGUCAUCACAGGGCCAGGGGGAACGUGGCUGGGACAGAAACCCUGGGCCGAUGGGAAGUAGAGGAGGUCGCAGCAAACCAGAGGACACUGGCUCCUUGGACGUGUUCCAGUGCUGGUGUGGGGUUGAGGCGUGCAGAGAUGCUCCGGGUCCCCGGGUCCCAGGGCUGUGUGUCCACCACUCCAGCAGCCUUUCCGGAGUGUUCACCUAAAGGCCGUUGCUUUAUAGGCCAGGAGAACCGGCACAGAGGGAGGGAGAUCCCGUGCUCCAACAUGGUGGCUUCGUGACCAACCGUCUAGAAGUGGUCACUAAUGUUUUCUGCCAUUGAGGCAAGAUUGUCCCCCCCAAGGUCAUCACAAAAGAGACAGAGUUAACACAGGGUUACCAGACCUCACCGUAAACCACUAGACUGCCGCUGCGGUCGUUCCGUGAGCAUGCUGGUCACUCUGAUCUACCUCAUGCCCUCUGCUAGCCCAGCUCCUGCCCCUGGCCUUCAGGUGGCCUUUGCUUUGCCUCCCCUGAUGUCUUAGGUGUAUUGUCAGGACUUCACAUGACUUGAUUCACAAAAUGUUUCCUAGUUCCAUUCGUAAUUAUUUUGAGAUUCUUCCUUGAUAGGUGAGCUGUUCAUUUUUAUUGCUGAGUAGUAUGUUCCCUGAGUAUACGCCAUCCGUCCACUCCUAGGUCAUUCUGGGUUCUGGCUAAUGCAAGUAGAGCUGCUGUGAGCCUGUACAAUACGCAACGUAUUCAUGUUGGCUUCUUUUGUGUCAGUGACUCAGAUGAAGUGCUGAGACACAGGCUGUGAGCCCGGGUGGCCGUAGGCUUUGCCUAGACCCCGGGUCUGCGGGGAUUCCAUUCUUCCACAUCCUUGCGGGUGUUUGCUGUGGUCCUUCAGGAUCUGCCCCAUCAGCAAGUGUGGAGUUCGAGCUGCGUUUCCCUGCGCAUUUGUGAUGUUGACAUUGUUUCGUGUGUUUGCGACCUGUUUUCUUUGGUGGAAUCCUGUUCAUAUCUUUUGCCUGUUUUCUUUGUUAAGAAAGAAAGAACAUGAACAGUUAUGAACUGUGUCUGUUGCCCUUUUCAUUAACAAGCAGCUGAUUUUUUCCCACCACUUUUUUCCUGCCAUUAGCAAUGAAUGACCACCUACACCACACACUUUCAAAUCUGAAUUAUUCAGUGUGUUCUCUGCUAUGUUAAGUCUAGACAGCUCCACAGUAUUAUAAAUCAGUAUUAUAAAUCCACGGUUUGAAGUGUUUGCUGGUUUUCUUGGUGUAUAUUCUCCAAUCAUAGCCAAUUUCAACUGUCAAAAUGAAGUCCCUGGACAGGAGCUGGGCGGGUUGCCAGGAACGCGCUCUUCUGCUCCCACCACGGUUCCGGAGGAGCGGCACAUAACCUCCAGGACCAGAUGAGGGAACAGUGAAGUGAUGGAGAAGGGGGGGUCUUAAUGCCUGUUUUAAGAAGCGUAAAGUAGUGUCACUGACAAAGCAUAAACAUUUGAAGUGUUUAGAUGUCUUGAUAGAUGUUUAUACCUGAAAUUUUAAAAAUCCAUUGAAAACAAAAUGUGUGAUAUUGGCAGUAAUUUGGUUAGGUUGUUUGAAAUUCAAGCAGUUCUUGAAAAGAAAAUCAUGAACUUCAGUCAGGUGGUGCGCGUCUGUCACCCCAGCAACUCUGAAGGCUGAGGCAGAAGGAUCACAAGUUCCAGGCCAGUCUCAGCUACUUAGUGAGACCCCGUCUCAAAAUAAGAAAUAAAAAGAACUGGGGUGGUAGCUCAGUGGUAGAGCACCCCUGGGUUCAAUCCCCAGGAAAGGAAGGAAGGAAGUCAUAGACUUUAAAGGUCUUUUUCUCACAAAGGAUCAGAAAGAAUGAUCAGAUGAGAUUAAGAUGUUCUGUGUGCUGUUGCACAGGAGGAUCUAAUUGUAUACGCAUAUCCUAAAAAGCUAGAAAAAAGGAUUUUGAAUGAUUUCAUCAAAAAGUGAUAGAUGAUGGCCAGCCGUGGUGCACACCUGUAAUCCCAGAAGCUUGGGAGGCUGAGGCAGGGGAAUUGCAAGUUCGAAGUCAGCCCCGGGCUGGGGGCUGCGGCUCAGUGGU